UGACCGCCGUCCCCAGCCCUCCUCUGGGUACCAACUCUAUUGCGCGGCGCACAGCCGCUCAUUUAACCCAGGCAAGGAGGAGGAGAAGGCGAAAAUUUCCCGGCAGACUACUUUCCAGACACCUCCGAUCCACCCAGCCCUUCAUCUUCGUCUUUUCUAUCCUGGAAAAGGAAUUCGGUCUGUCCUUAGCAUGAAGCUGUAAUUGAACUAAAGGGAGGAGAAACGGCCUUGAAUCCUUGGAGAUCAGUGUUAAAGUUGGAAACUGGAUUGCUGUCUUGGGACCCCUGCUGUGGAUGUGACAGAAACCAGAGCACAGUCUAGGACCAAAAGCUGCUUCUCCUGCAUCUUCCUAUGGUCUUUUUUGCUGUGUGAAACUGCAGGUGCUGUGGAAAAGAGCAAACUUCCUGAUCCCAGAAGUUGGUCUCGCUCUGUUGACAGUUUGGCAGAAUUUGAAAGCCUGAAUCCUCGCCUUGACGUGCAUUCAUCUUAUUCAGGCAAGCUAGUUCUGUGCCCUGGAUCAGAGAAUCACCCCAGCUGCACCAUGAGCCGUGUUCGGGAUGCUGGCUGUGUAGCAGCAGGGAUAGUGAUCGGAGCUGGUGCCUGGUACUGUGUCUACAAAUACACCAGGGGAAGAGACCAGAAGAAGAGGAGAUUGGCCAAGCCCAAGAACCGGGCUGUGGCUGGGACUGGAGCCAGGGCUAGAGCUGGGCUGAGGGCUGGAUUCACAUUCGACCUUGGGCCAGGAUUCAGUCCCCCAACCACAGUCUAUGCUGCGACAGAGGACAAGGCCAAAGAUGAAGCCCCUGCUCUCGACAUGGCUGGGGCUGAGACAGUCGUCCCAGCUUUAUCCAGCACUGAGUCUCAGAGUGAGGCAGAAAGUCUGGCCCAGGAGGCAGAUGGAGUAGGAAUUGGGUCUAAUACUGAAUUAGUAACAGAGGUUGCAGUGACCUCUGUAAUGGCACAACCUCUAGGGGUGGCAGAAGCUCCCAUAGCUCUAGAAGGUUCUGCAGUGGCAGAGGUUCCCAAAAUAGCAGAAGCUCCCAGCACAGCAGAGGCUCCCAGGGCAACAGUGCCUCCAGGGGUAGAAAUGCCUCCCAAGGCAGCAAUGUCUCCCGGGGCAGUAGUGCCUCCCAGGGCAGUAGUGUUGCCUCCUGGGACAGCAGUGUCUACUAAGGCACCAGCAGCCACAGAAACUAUGGAAGCUCCUGCAGUGACAGCACCCACUGAGGUGGCAGAGGGUCCUGGAAUGACAACAGUUGGACAGGCAGCAGAGGCUCCUGUGUCCACACCUGCUGGGGCAGCAAUAACUGCCAGGGCUGCAGAGGUCCCUGGGACUUCAGAGUCUACUAGAGCAGCAGCAGCAGUUGCCAGGAAGGCAACCCCUGGAGCUCACACUGGGGCUAUACCUAAGGCUGGAUCAGCCACCGGAGCUGUACCUAAAGGUGGGGCCAAGGGUGGAAACAGGUCUCGGACUGGAGGCAAGGGCAAGAGCAAGAAAAGCAAGGCUGAAGUAGACGAAUUGGGGAUGGGCUUUCGCCCUGGUGAUGGAGCUGCAGCAGCUGCUGCAGCCUCUGCUAAUGGGGGACAUGCUUUCCUAGCAGAAGUCCCUGAUUCUGAGGAAGGGGAGUCUGGGUGGACUGACACAGAGUCAGAUUCAGACUCUGAACCUGAGACCCAAUGCAGAGGGAGAGGAAAAAAAACAAUUGCCAUGCAAAAGCGCCCCUUUCCUUAUGAAAUUGAUGAGAUUCUGGGUGUGCGAGAUCUCAGGAAGGUCCUUGCUUUGCUUCAAAAGUCGGAUGAUCCUUUCAUCCAGCAGGUGGCUUUGCUCACUCUGAGCAACAAUGCCAAUUAUUCAUGCAAUCAAGAGACAAUUCGUAAAUUGGGAGGCCUCCCGAUUAUUGCAAACAUGAUCAACAAAACUGAUCCUCAUAUUAAGGAAAAAGCCUUGAUGGCCAUGAAUAAUCUGAGUGAAAAUUAUAAAAACCAGGGCUGGCUUCAGGUAUACAUGAAUAAAGUGAUGGAUGAUAUCAUGGCCUCCAACCUGAACUCUGCAGUACAGGUAGUAGGACUAAAAUUUUUAACAAACAUGACUAUUACUAAUGACUACCAGCACCUGCUUGUCAAUUCCAUUGCAAACUUUUUCCGUUUGUUAUCUCAGGGAGGUGGAAAAAUCAAAGUUGAGAUUUUGAAAAUACUUUCGAAUUUUGCUGAAAAUCCAGACAUGCUAAAGAAACUUCUCAGUACCCAAGUGCCAUCGUCAUUUAGUUCCUUGUAUAAUUCUUAUGUGGAAUCAGAAAUUCUUAUUAAUGCCCUUACUCUAUUUGAGAUUAUCUAUGACAACCUCAGAGCAGAAGUAUACAACUACAGAGAAUUCAACAAAGGUUCCCUUUUUUACUUGUGCACUGCAUCUGGAGUGUGUGUUAAGAAAAUUCGCGCUUUGGCAAAUCAUCAUGAUCUCCUGGUGAAAGUGAAAGUUAUAAAAUUAGUGAACAAGUUCUGAUUACUAUACACUCUCAAAAGAUGAAAUUUCUUAGUUUCCUGGCCUGGAAAUAUGGAAAAUUUAAAGUUACUGCAUUUUCAUUUGCUUAUUUGGUAAAGAGGUACUUUCAGCUGCCGGUUUUGAAUAAUGAAUCUUCCAGAGUGAUGUUAUCUGUGACAGUCACCAGCUUUAAGCUAAACUGUCUCAUGAAUACCAAAUAGUCCUCUUGUACUGAAAAUACAUUGUGACUUUAAUCAUGCUGCUUGGAUGGAGUAUUUUUACUGGUUCCUCUGUGAAUUGACAGCAUACCUGUCCAUUAUAAAUGGCCUACUCUGCUAUUAUUUGUUUUGACUUGAAUUUAUCCACCAAAGACUUCAUUCGUGUAUCAUCAAUAAAAUUGAA